AUGCUUCCGAUGCUGCCUUCCACGCUGGUCUUGGCAGGCAUGGAAGAGCGGCGCGGCGGCGGCGGCCCUGCCGAGAUGAAGAGCACGCCAGAUGCGCCACUCUGGAACGGGAUCGACACGGGCUCGUCUCAUUUUUUUUUUUUCGAGCAGCGGAACAGCAGCGACUCGCUUGACCGCUCGAAUUUGCUGCUGACCAAGUCCAGUACGAACGAGGCGGCGUUGCGUAACCCCUGUGUGCGGCCCUUGUUUUUCCUUGUCGCCUUGCCCGCUCCACUUUCCAUCGGAAGUGCCGUACGCCCCACUGCCCUUUUCCACACGGCUCCUCGGCUGUCAUUCCGCGGUCGGUGGCUGCAUGGCUGUCGGCACUCCGCCGUGUUGACAACGCCCUCUGAGAUCGCUUCUGCCGCUGCUGGAUCGCUUGGCCUUUCUUUCGCUGUCUCUGCCAUUGUUGUGAGCUUGGAAUCGCCUCGCCUCGCCUCGCCUCGCCUCGCCUCGCCUCGCCCCGCCCGGCGUCGGCCCGCCCGCUUGCUGACGGGUGCUUGCCGUCUGCACGCAGGCAGGCAGCUGUCGUCCAACCAUCGGCUCCACGCUCUCAGCUGCCACGCUCGCUCGCCUCUGCUGCCGUCGUCUGCUGCCGUCGUGGUCGCUGCUGCCGCCCUCGCUCGCUUCCGACUGCGCCCCUCUCCCUCCUUCCCCAACCUCUUCUACAUCCCUGCCUCAUCCCCUCAUCCCACCAUCUCCCCCUCUUGCAUCUCCUCUUCCCGGCCUGGCUCCGUACGUCUCGCUCUACCGCAUCGAUUCAUAACCAUCAUCGCAGCCUCCGUCGAUCGUCCUCGAACCGCAUAUACACCUACUCUCACGCGGCUCUCUGGCACGCCUUCUCACCCUCCUAGCACAAGUCCCAUCAUGCCGCGCCCAAAUUCUCAACCGCCGCCGACUUCGAGCGCAUCAGCGUACUACAGCCCGGACCCAAUGUCCCCCACCUUUUCGCCACCGGGCGAGUAUACCGAGUUCCAGACCCUCCGUCCAGGCACCCCAGGCUCCUUCGGUCGCUACUCGGUCACAAGCUCCAACUUUGAAAAGUAUGACCGCGAAGGCGCCGCCACUCCGCAGGCACAGGGUCUCCUCGCCUCUGGUGAACGCUCCAGCACCUACUACUUCAACAAGGAGGGAGGCGCCGCUGCAGGCGCCACGGGCGCAGCAUCUGGCUUCCACCAGUACCAGGGCCGACGAGGCCAGGGCUACAACCCCGCCAACAACGCCGCACUCGAGGGCGGUUACAAGACAGCAAAGCGUCCCAACUUUAUCCGUCGCAGGCCAAUCCUCUUUUGCGUCCUCGUCCUUCUCGUCCUCAUCGCAGCAGGUGUAGGCGCAGGCGUCGGCAUCUCCCAGUCCAACAAGUCGAGCAACAAGAACCUCUCGGCGCAAAAUGCCAGCUCGGGCUCCAAGAGCGGCGCUUCCCCCACCGCCUCCGCCUCUGCAGCCAACCCCUCCUCCUCGUCCAGCAGCGACGCAGGCAGCAACCGCGGCAGCAGCACCCCCGCCGCACCCAAGAUCACCCCCUUCCCACGCUGGUCCUGGACCGACACAAACACAAAGGCCUACGGCGUCAGCCUCGGCUCCUGGCUCGUCCUCGAAAGGUGGCAGCUCGAAGACUGGAUGGUCCAAGAGGGCGGCCCCAACGCCUGGGACGAGUUCCGCUUCACCCAGAAUCUCGGCACCCGCGCCGCCUCGGUCCUCCAGGACCACCAGAACACUUGGGUCACCGAAGCGGACAUGGACUCGCUCCAGAACGCAGGCGUAAACCUCAUCCGCAUCCCUAUCCCCUUCUGGGCCUUCAUCCCCACCGUCUCGGGCGAGCCCUACGUAACCACCGGCUACGUCGACCAGCUCAACAAGAUGCUCCAGUGGUGCUACAACCGCAACAUGUACGUCAUGCUUGACCUCCACGCCAUGCCCGGCUCCCAAAACGGCGACCAGUCCUCCGGUCACAACACCACCGACAUCGAGUGGUACACUCAGGCCAACCAGGCGCGCUCCGACACCUUCCUUAAGAACGUCCUCGACUGGGCCACAACGAGCAACUACAGCUCCAUCAUCAACUCGAUCGGCCCCGUCAAUGAGCCCCGCAUCGUCGAUGACAACUGGGCGCUCGACCAGAACCGCUUCCAGAUCGCACAGGCCUACUACGAGCGCUCCUACGCCACCUGCCUCAAGUACAACAUGCCCAUGCUCUUCCACAACGGCUUUGCUCCCGGCACCGUCCAGGACAAGAUGAAGCUCUGGAAGCCCUUUGUCACGGGCAAGGACCCCAACAUGCUCAUCUACGAGGACCACCCCUACCCGGGCUGGUUCCAGACGCCCGAGCCCGGCGCGGACGCCAUCCAGACGUCCGUAUGCGAGUACGGCGCGGCGAGCAACUCGUUUGGCGUGCCCAUCGUCAUGGGCGAGUUUUCGGCCAUCAACAACCUCAACUCGACCAGCUAUUCGCGCACCUACCUCCAGAUGCAGCUCGCCACCUACGGCUGGUCGGCCGGCUCGGUCUUCUGGAACUUCAAGGCCAACAAGUCGCAGACCAAGGUGCUGGCGCUCGCCGACAACCUCAUGGAGCUCUACUCGUUCCUCGACAUGAUGGGCGACGGCUACAUGCCCAACCCGGGCAAGGGCGGCAACGUGCGCAACUUUUACGCCAACCUUCCCAACCCCUGCGGCGGCUUCCAGACGUUUGGCUGGAACAACCCCGUGCAAUAG